AUGUCCACAACGACACCAACACCCAAGAAAACCCCGUCCAGCGGCAGCGGCACAGGUUCAGCACCAAGUACUACUCGCAAAGCGCCCGCUUCCUCUGCUUCCACUUCCAAAGACGCACCACCUUUGAAUCGCAGUCCGAGCAGGAUGGCUGCCAGCAACUCCGCCAGCGCGACAGGCACCAACACCUCGUCCGCCUCCAUCAACCGCACUCGCUCCGUCCGCAACGGCGCUGGUACUCCGGUAUCAGCCCGCGCUGCAGCACGCAAGCCCGCCAACGAUGCCUCCGCUACUUCUUCGUCCGAUGAAGAUGCAAAGGCCGAGCUACAAGCACAGCUGUCAGAGCUCCAACAACGCCUGCAAGACUCGGAAACCGCGCUGUCCACUUCUCAACGCCAAGCAGACGUCUUGCAGGUUAAGCUCGAUGAGGCGCUGAAGGAACAGAGUAUCUUGGACGAGAACGUACAUGAGAACACUGAGCGACUGGAAGAGUUGGAGAAUGAGAAAAGGGAGCUACUACGCUCCAAGAGGGAGGCGGAGCAGAUAUUUGAGUCUGAACGGGCGGCGACGUUGAGGGAGAGGGAAGAGGCGGUCACUAGGGAAGAAGAGAUGCAGCGGAGCUUGAUGAGGAUGAAGGAAUCUUUGGCGCAGCAGCGAGCUGGAUCGCUUGGUGCAGCCGACGGCGAAGAGGGCAGCUGGGAGAGCAGGAGGGCAAGUCGGCCAUUGAGCAUAUCAAGAAACUCUAGCUUCCGGUCAGGAGCUGCGAGUCCCAAUCCAGAGAUGAGCGGCGGGCAGUUCGCGCCGUCAGGUGGUGCUGGUGUGCAGCGGAGCGAUUCACGAAGUUCGUCAAGAUUGGUCAUGCAAAAGGAUAAGAUGAUCGAGUCGCUUCGGCUUGAUUUGGCGGAGGCACAGAUCAAGCUGGUUGAGCUGGAGAAUAAAGGUGGAAGCAAUUUGCAACAGCUGGAACGGCAGAUGUACGACAUCAAGAUGCAGAACGCGCGACUGAUGGAGGAGAAUGAAAGCUUCCAGCUGUUGCUGCGAGACAAGACAUUGAACGGCGACUUUGCUGCCUCGGAUCUGCUGUGUGCGCCAUCGACUAACGGUGAUGGUUCACGGCCGCCUUCGCGCAAUCCUGCCGAUGGGCUGAGACAGAGUGGGACCAGUCUGGCGGAUGAGCUAGGCUCUGCGAACCAAGACGACGCUUCGACACUUGAUGGUGACAUCGGCCCAGACAGCGCAACGACCGUUACCGACAGCAAGGAACGACGACUACAAGGCGAAGUCAACAGCCUGAAAGACCAAAAUAAGGCGCUGACGCUCUAUAUUAACAAUAUCAUCUCCCGCCUGCUACAACACGAGCAGUUCGAGCAGAUUCUCGACAAGACGCCCGACCUUAUGGCCGGACCCGGCGCGAUCAGUCGCAAAUAUGCUGAAGUGCCACCGGCCGACUCUGCGCCAAAGCCUACGAGUUCUGCAGGUAUGGACAUGGAGAAAGACCUCCCGCCUCCACCUCCGCCACACAAGGACGAACCCACCAAAUCUCCACCGCCAGGAGAAGAACCCCAAUCACUUCUCCAGCGUGCCGGCUCCGUCCUCCGUGGCCGUGGAACAAAGCCUCCACGACCCCAAAGCACGAUGCUCAACCCCGACGCCGCAGCAGAAGUCAACCCCACUGUCCACGAGAACCCCGACACAGCGCCCAGGAUCCCACUCGGUCGCUCCACAUCCACUCGCGGCGGUGGCGGGCACAAGCGCUCCAACUCCGACUGGCCUGCCGCGAGCGUCGUGACGAACAUGUACAAAGGCCCGCCAUCCAGCGGCCUAGCCGGCCCCACCAGUCCCGGCUUAGGAAGCCCAACAGCAGCGGCUAGGGGAAGUUUCUUCCCUCCCCUCGGCGCUGGGAUCCGGACGGCGAGUGGCAACGUCGUCCCGAGCAUCGACGAAGUCGAAGGCGGAGAUCUCGGCGCCGCAGGCUUGGAAAACCAGAUCCCUAAACCCGCAGCAUCCGCCAACUCUGAUGCCGCAGCCAUGCCACCACCUUCAACGUCACGAAGCGACAGCACACAACGCAACUCCGACCCCCCCUCAUCUAACACCUUCGCCGAGCCCUCCUCCCUCGCCGCCCUAACCGGCGAAAACCCCUCCAAUCCUUCCUCUCCACCCCGCUCCACCGCCUCCUCAAGCAGUAUCGCGGAACGCGACUCCCGCUCUGGCCCGGCUAUCAUGAUGGGCUCGAAACCGCGUCCUUUACGGCUGGUUCAAGAGGCUAAAGAGGAGAAGCGGCCUGCUUCUGGCGGGGCGGGGCAGAGGGGCAGUUGGUUUGGGUGGAUGAAUAAGGGUGCGGUUUCGUCGGGGUUGCAGGGGGUUGGGAGGAGUGUUAGUGGAGGGAGUGGUGCGGAGCCUGGGCAGGGGCAGGAGGGGAAGGGGGGAGGGCAGCAGUAG